GAAAGCGUGGACGACUGUACGACUGAGCGCGCGCGGGCUCGAGAGCGUGACGUUGAAACGAGUAUCAAAGAAAAAUAAUCACGAUAAAAGUGUUACGCGUGAGUGUAUAUAUCGAAAAUAAAUAUAUUUAUAUUAAUUCAUACCUUUCUAUCGAAUGAAUAUCGAUCGACGUUUUAUUUUGGUUAGGGAAAAGUGAGGAAACGAAUAUCGAAAUAUAUUCUCGUUAUUAUUGUCCACAACAUGGCAAUUAGUGAUGUUGAGUUCCGGGGUGUUUUCCAACGCUAUUCGUUCCGAUGACGACGCGAGUGCUGCGAAAUUACAGCGAGUCGAAGCGCGAGUUUGAGGAAAUUUAUUGAAAAUAACUUCCGGCAACGUAUCGACGCGUGCAACUCCCGAGGAUGCUAAGCGCGUUUAAAGGGAGCGAAUAUUCUUGGAGAUAUUUGUAAACAAAACUGGAGUGGUGUGUACGGAAUCGGCAGUUGGCUCGAAUCGCAGUCACGUAUGUUGCUCUUCCUAAUGGGAUACACACAGAUCGUCCACCGGAAGAGGGAUUAUUGACGAGGAGAGGAGGAGGGGAGGUGACGACGCGAGGAAAAAAUCGCUUGGGAGAUUCAAACUGUGGCGAUGACAGACCCACAGUUGACGAACAACAACAACAACAACAAUAACAACAACAACAACAACAACAAUAACGAUGGAGAGCCAAAGUAUUUGCACAAAAAGUUCAAAAAGAUGGCGACGAGCGAGGCGUCGGCGCCGAGCGUGGUCGAGGCCAAAAAGGAUACGACCAACAGUGAAAAUACGACGACAGGAGCGUCUUCCGAUAUGAGCCGGAAACGCGACCUCCCCAAGGAGGUCGCCAAAGAGUCUUCCAGAACCACCGAACUCGGGUCUCCCGAGUCCGAGAGCGAACCGACCGAGUCACGUAAAACCGGAUACGUUUGCCCUUACUGCAAACUCUCAUGUGCCAAACCGAGUGUCCUACAAAAACACAUACGUGCCCACACCAAUGAAAGACCUUAUCCUUGUGUUCCUUGCGGCUUCGCCUUCAAAACUAAAUCCAAUCUCUACAAACACUGCAGAUCCAGGGCUCAUGCACUCAAAAUGGAAGGCGGUGAUCCCAGUAAGGUGUCAGAAGAUUCGGAUAUAAGUUUGUCGGACAGCGCGAGCAACGGGACGGGAACGCCACCGCCACCGCCGCAAGCGACGACGACGACGACAACGACGACGACGACGACGACAUCGACAUCGACGGCGAUGACAACGACGUCGACGAGCCAAGGAUCGUCUGUGGCGAGCGUGAAAACUGUGAAAACCGGCAAAAUAUACAAACCGAAAUUUCACACGGGUCUUCAGAGCGUGAGCAGCGGGGAAACGACGACGGAGAUUUCGAUGACGUCGGGUUCGUCAAACGGAUCGACGAGUAGCAGCGCCGGUGGUGCUGCCGGGAGCGGCACGAAACCAAACGCCGAAAAAUUGCAGGAACAUAUCGACAAAAUAAUAACGGAUAAUCAGGCAAUCGUGGAGGCGAUCGAUCCGAGGCUACACAAACUUAUGCAGAGACAGCAAAGCCUCGUGGAGACCAAAAAUCUCAACAACAAUAACAACAACGAGCAACCGUUGAAUCUUUCGUCGAUCGAGGAAUCCUCGACGACGAGAAAGCGCUGCUACAGCGACAGUUUCGCUCAGGAAAAGAGAGACGUCACGAAAACCAAUCCCGAGGGUUCGAUAAUAAAGGAUUUACUGUUGAAAUCACGUGGAGCAAGCGCCGAGGAGAAUCCACUCGCGGAAAAUGAAAACUUGGUUUGUUCAUCGUGUAAAAUCGCUUACACAAGCGCCGACAAUCUCGAGGCUCAUCGUCGAUACUACUGUAAAGGAAGUUCUUCUUCCCCGAGCCCACGAAGGGCCGAUUUUCAAUUGGAUCUCGAUAAACGCGAGGAUUACGAGAGCCCGAGGAGCUGCGAUUACUACGGAGCUAUUCAGCCCCUACCUUCGCCGGGACCGCUCCUAGGAAAUACAAGACUCGUCGACGCCUAUCCGACGCCAGCGAAAAAACAGCGGCCCGAAUCCGUACCGACCAGCCUGCGAUCCCUCGAAGAACUCUCCAAAUAUCCAAGACCGAAUUCCCUCCAAAUGUUCGGCGGAGAAGUUCGUAUACUCGACAAUUCCGGGGAAACUAAAACAAUGAGAAUCGAACCCCGACAAACGGGCUCACCCUCGAACGAGCAUCUUGUUAACAAUAACAAAUGCGUCACCUCUGAAACAUCCUCGAUCGUCGUACGCUCGGGUCUGCACUCCGGCGGGACAAUGCUUCACAAACCUCCCAACACACCAGUCACAAAUUCCACUCCCAAUUCCAGUAUUUCACUUCCCAAUACGCCCAAAAUAUUGGCUCCCAUCAUACCCAACAUAUCAACACCCAAUCUCGCCCCUACAAUGUCCUGCUACAAUUAUUUGGAGCCACAUUUGAAUCCACUCACAAAUAUCACUGCCUACAAUCCCUUGACUCUGCCACAAGCUGGAAUUGCGAGUAUACUACACGCGGGUAAAGUCAUACCGUACGUUCCCGGGAUGCCCGGACCACACAGCCUCAAUCCUAAUUCCAACAAUAACCUCGACAUAUCAACCGACCUUACGAGUCUCGAGACAUCGUCCUCAACAACGACCUACAAGGUCAUCCCGGGUCUGCCCGGUCUUCACGUUAUCUCCCAACCGCUCGAUCUCGCCAGUCCCGUUAGAGUACAAACCCCCAACAUCCCCGGCAUCCCCGGACCGACCUCCAACGGCCCGCAUACCCUGGCAAUUCCUCUCGAUCUCGCGAGCAGUCCUGCCAAGGAAAAUAAAACUAAUUCGAAAAAUUCCACCGAUAAUUCGAGGUCCACUUUACUCACGAGCCCCAAAAUAAUCACACCUAAAACGCCCACCUCGAAUAACGACUUCUCCAACGUCAACGACAAAUGGAGACUAUCAAGGACUUGUUCGACACCGACUACGAACGAGUUUUCCAAUAAAAAUAGUAACGAGCUCGAUCGCCAUAUCAAAAACAAUCUCUCUCAGAAGUACACUUCUCUUCAUGACAAUCCGAGGGAGCGUAAAGAAUUCACGUUCGAUAAAAAUUCGAAGAUCGUCGAACCUUCUUCCUUCAAUUUUAGCAACGGCGCCGAUUCCAACAGUCGAUCGUCGCCCAAUUCUCACACCAAAAGAUUUUCACCAAAAGGAACAGGGAGCGAGACCAGGAAGCGAUCCUCGACCUGGAGCAUCGCCGAGCUCGAGACUCCUAAAUUCGAAGCUUCACCCUCCCCGACGAGCUCGUACAGCGCGCAGGACCACGAGAGAUCGAGGAUCGAUCCGAUGUCCGAAACAAAGUCAACCGUCUUAGAGCAUUACACGAAUUCCAACGGAAUGAAACCUCGACUGGAUUCGAGCUCUCAGGUUAUCGUAACGAGCGUCGAAACUCAUAAAACUACAUAUUUUCCCGGUAAAAAUACCGGGGAUCUUACCAUCAAGCUCGAUCGUCCGGAAAUCAAAGUCAACGGCAACGAUCUUGCUUCCAAAAUCGAGAGGCCCGAAAUAAAAGCCGACGAAGAUACCGCCCCCGAGGAAACGAGCACGAAAUUCCUUAGACCGACCUCGCUGCCCUUGAAACCUGGUACUUUUACUCCUAAACGCCACCACGGUAUUACACCGACAGCUAAUACCUUGCCUCUCAUCAGCCCCGAGACUCCAAGACCCAAAAAAUCCUACGGCCAACUUUAUCUCAACGGACACGCUUACACUUACCUCGGUCUCAAAUGUUCAACUCGCGUUUUCUACUGCACCGUUAAUCGGCCGCAACCCAUGUACGUCACUCAACAACACGGUUUGUCGAUGUACUCUAAUUGGAAAAUUUGUAAAGAAACUCCACCCGACCUCGACAUGGCGCACUACGACUCCAGACAUCGUCCACCCAAUUAUACCGUCGCAUGGAAAAAACAGGACGAUAUUCUAACCCACUCGUCGUAUCGACCCACCACACCGACGAGCCCUGAUAGCGGCCUCGAGAGCGAUACUCAGGAAAAAACUCGAAGAGUCAAAAUUUUCGAUGGAGGCUUCGAGAGCAACGAGGAUUACACUUACGUUCGAGGCAGAGGUCGGGGUCGUUACGUAUGCGAAGAAUGCGGCAUUCGGUGUAAGAAACCAUCGAUGCUGAAGAAACAUAUCAGAACUCACACGGACGUUAGACCGUACACUUGCAAACAUUGCUCGUUCAGCUUCAAGACAAAGGGCAACUUGACGAAACACAUGAAAUCAAAAGCUCACUACAAAAAGUGCGUUGAAUUGGGAGUAACGCCGGUGCCAACGUCCGUAUGCGACGAGAACAUAGACAAAGAGGCGAUAGCACGUUUGGUAGCGGGUGGUGGAAACGCGGAUGACACGUCGGACGAGGACGAGGAAAGUGAUGUGGAGGAGAGCGACGAAUCGGGCAGCGAAGAGCAGGAAGCAGCGCAGAGUCUUUUGAGUCUUUCUCAGAGAAGCUCGAACCGAAUUCCUGGACUUUUGCCGAGCGGGAGACCGACGACUUACCCUUAUGCGAUGAGCUUGGCUUGCGUGACGACGAGCAGCAGCUCGUUAACGUGUCUAAGCGGAGGAACCAUGGCGACGACGGCAUCAACGACGACGAUGAAUGUCAUAACGACCACGACGACGUCGGCGACGACAAUGAUACAAAGCGGCGAACUGUCAAAUCGUUAUUACUUCCCGUCAACGCGCUCUUCGACCGUUGAAGAACGUCGCGACAGCGUGAUUCGUUCGUCAAAAAGCGGUGAAGAUUCCGACGUUGAAAUCGAAGAAACAGCCGAGCCGGAAACGCGGAUUUCUGCUCAACCGAUGGAUCUCACGACGAGCAAAACUCCGUCGCAAAUAAUCGGGAAUCCGAGGCCUCUUACCAACGACAUUCUUACCCCGGUUUCUGAGCCCGUCCUCAUGCAGACGAUCGUUCAAACGAUGGAACGCUUGCCCUUGCAAUCAACCAGGGAAUGGAAACCGGACGCCGACGGUCAAAUGCUUCAAGCCUAUCUCACCGAACGUCACGUUAUGGACAGUAAAAUGAAACAACAGUAUCGUGUGGGAAAUACUAAAAUGGAUAAACAUAAUCAACCUGAUAAUUAUGGGAAAAAUGUUGACUUCGUGAACUCCCGAAAUACCGACUCGAGCAGCACACCCACCGUAACUUACACCAAUCCAAGCAGGCUUCACCAGAAUUCACUCGAAACGAGAAUGAUGAAAAAUAUCUCGAAACAACACACCACGGAAGACAUUAAAAUGGAAAUAAGAGAAAAAAUUUAUCAACACAACGGUGUCGCUAUCGAGAGACGACCAUUCGACAUCGAAUCACUUCACAUCGACAAAGAUAACAGACACGAAAAUAACGAUCCACGUGUUUUCAAUCCCGCGGCAACACGAGCCAACGAACAUCAUCCGAUCAUGACUAAAAACAACCUCGAACGCUCAAGUUUUCAAAUGGAACCUGGACGCACAACUCCUAGCUGCCCCGAUCGUCAAUCCCCCAGAAAUUUCAAUUCUGAUGUCAACAACAGAAUUUUCAGCGUCUCUCAACCACCGAAGAACGAAAUCGAUCGAGAUUCCAUCUUCAAAAGUAUCAACGAGAUCGAGAGACCUCGAGACUCCGCGAUCAAGAAUUAUCGCGAAAUCAGAUCACACGAAUCGCCAACAGAAGUCAGAAUUCUUUCCAGUCCCGGCUCGAGGUGUCACGAGAACGGCAACUCCCGACCUCCCAGCAGAGAAAUGAGAAACUCCGCCCAGGACUAUCGAGCUCAGACUUGUUUCCACGACUUUGCUUCACGAUCAUCUAGUCAAGAGUUCAAACUUCCUCCUCAGGAGUUGAGACCACCGAGUCGCGAAUUCAAAUCUCCUCUUUCCGAUUCACGAACUGCUGAGCUGAACAACGUCGUUGUUGAACAAUCGCGUCGACCCAGCAUCAACGACGUUCGUUCACCGAGUCGUGACCAACGCAACGAUCAUCAUCGAAAUCCUCACGAUAUCCCGAGAAACAAUUUUGAUAGUCAAGCCAAUUCGCAACACGAAACCAACAAAUUUCACGAUCUUUCGAGAAUCCAAGCCUCAAUCGAGACCAGAAAUUCUGAACUUGCUGAAAUGAAACGUCACGAAAUGGAGAGGACCAAACAGAGCAUAUCCGAAAGUGUCAAACACACUGUCGCCAGGAAAAUGGUUGUUGGUGGACCCGGCUUCAGAUCACCCUCCCCACCAGGUGGUAGCAACAAACCUCAGGCUGAAUUUUUGCAACCUUCUGCCGGACCUGCUCCUAACUAUGUCAGUGUGACCGAAGAUGGCCGAAGUGUUUGUGGCAUUUGCAACAAAGUAUUUAGCAAACCGAGCCAGCUCAGAUUGCACAUAAACAUUCAUUACUUCGAAAGGCCAUUCCGGUGUGAGAGUUGUGCCGUGUCCUUCAGGACAAAGGGGCACUUGACCAAGCACGAACGAUCGGUUUCCCAUCAUAACAAGGUUAGCAUGACUUCCACCUUCGGCGCUGCAACAACGAGCAAUCCCAGACCGUUCAAGUGCACGGAUUGUAAAAUCGCCUUCCGGAUUCACGGACAUCUUGCCAAACACUUGCGCAGCAAAAUGCACAUCAUGAAACUCGAAUGUUUGGGCAAACUUCCCUUCGGCACUUACGCCGAAAUGGAACGUUCCGGUGUUAAUCUUAAUGAUAUCGAUACCACCGACUGUGAUAAUAGUUUAACUAGUCUCCAGAUAUUGGCGCAGAAGCUUUACGAAAAAGAUCCCAGCAAAAUGGGCCAAUGGGAUGCGGAGAUGUUGCCACAUCAGGGUGCGAGUGGUGGGGAAACUUCAUCGGACGAGGGUGAGCCAAUACCCGGUCACAAUUUGCACCAAUACGGUCCACAACAGAUGAAUAAUCAGGAAAUUGAAAAUUCGCGUGCAUAUCACAUGCCCAUGUUGGUGGGCGACGACCAAAAAUCUUUGAACGAGACUGGUCGCAUUGUAAAUACGCAUUACAUCGUUAAUUCGCAACAGCAGCAGCAACAGCAGCAAAGACUUGAUUACAGUAGAAUACAGGAUAAUCACGAAAAUCUACGGGUCGUUGACGAGGAAACAUCGUCGUUGCAUCCUUACAAGUGCCAAAUUUGUUCGUUUACCGUGAGAAGCGUGAACGAGCUACAAGUUCAUUGUUUCGUCGAGCACAACGGUGACCCUCAAAAACUAAAAACUUCUCAAUCUCAUCAAAACGAGCAACAACACCCAAGAGAUAGCAAAGACCAUUUUCAUAAACGUAUUAAUGAAGAAAUGAGCCUCGUACGCGGGGAUGAAAAAAUCAGGAGAAAGAGCGAAGAUUCAUAGUGCCAAAUUUACGCAGCCAACGCUGCGUCUCUUUUGUUCAAUAUUUUCAACCGACGUUGAUUCCCGUACACGUUCGUUUAACACAAAUCGAAAAAAUCUCAACUUCUUCCACGUGUGAACGGAAACGGGCUUUAAUCGACGUACAAAAUGUGACGUUAAGUCCUGUUGUUCGAGGAACUGUUUGAUAAUUUUAUAACACAAAUUUUUAUCGACAACCAGUGUGAAACGUGGUGUAAAUCCACGUGAUGAUAAGUCAGUGAAAAAUCGUGACGAUAUUUGAGAAUCUACGAAUUUUUUAAAUCUUUCAUCGAACUCCGAAGUGUUUUUCUUCCCUUGACGAUCGAGAAAUUAAUAUUUAUAUACAAAUUUUAAUUCUAAUCGUAGACUUUAAUUUAAGGUGCAAUUGACUGGUAUGUGAUUCUGAAUUUAAAGUGCAAAUGUUGCGUGCAAACUCGAAGAGUAUUUCAAAUAUUACGAGGUAAUAUUAUACAUACACAUAUAGAUGUAUAUAAAUAGAAAUAUACACUGUGAAAUAUAUGUAAAUACAUUGAAAUAUCGUCAAUAUAUAAAGUAUGUAUAAAACGAUUACAUACGGAUUCGUCUGAUAUCCAGAAAAGUGCGAUCAGCUAUCGCUCAAAAUUGUUGCCACGAUGUGGGAAGCCCCCAAAACUUUGUGAUUUUGUGAAUGAAUUGAAUCAUUUCCCAAACGUGAAAGCAUAAAAAAUUAUCCUCCCAUAUGGAAACGUGAAUGUUAUUUGCUGCCUGAUUCAUCAAUUCUUGUAAACUUUCAUGGGAAAUCGACAAAAGACUCUUCCUCUGAAAAGCUUUUUGUCCAUUUGUAAAUCUCGUGAUCCACGAAAACUUGAAAAAUAUUUAUAUUCAAUGACAAAUCAGGCGCUCAAGCACAUUACGUCUUUCCUAUUUCAUAAUCAUACCUCGAUAAUCAUUAUUUGUACCUUAAUGUGCUUAGGACGACGAUUGCAAAUAUUCAGUUAAACAAGAAUAGACAAAAAUCAUUGAAAGAAGAUAAAGACCGCACAAUUAUAUACGAGGUCAAAACUGAAAACAUGUGAAAGCGUCAGAAGGUUGUUGCCAAACGAUAUCAAUGUAGAAUAGAAAUGAAAGAAAAGAAGUAGAAUUCGGUGUAAUAAUCCCGUUAUAAUUCGAUCAAAUGAAUCCAAUCACAAAAACAAAAUAUUUAAGAGCUUCCAAGAUGUGUAUGCGUGCAUGUGUCCAAAAUGCUGAGUCAACGUUCUAUUAUUCAACGUUCUAAAUAAUUGAUUUACUGUUUGAUCAUUUUGAACGAUAGGAGAAAAGUGAAAGCACGGCGCUACCGAACGGUUGCUUUCUCACGCCUAAUAUGAUUCUCAAAAACGUAAAUUGUGUGAAUAAGCAGAAAGGAGAUGAUAUUUUUAUUUAUAAAUUUUAUGCGAUAUUUUCACGAAGCGCCAAAUUACAUAUCAAAUUAUUCUAAUUGUCAAGGCGUAUUAUCGCUGUGUUUUUUCAUCGAUUCGAAUGUAUAAAUACUCGAAUAUUUAUAUAAUCGAAAUCGCAACUGUGAAUAAAUUCAUGGGUUUCAAUUGGGAAACUUAAUUAAUCAUGGGUUGAAAAGAAAAUUAAAAGUGAGAGGAAGAACUAUUGUCAAAGUUAUUUUUUUGUCUUCCGUUCCUCCGGUGAUACAGUUGCGCUUGAAUUUUGUGAUGUUAUUACUUAUUCGUCCCCGAUCCCUGUUUGACUUUGCGUAGAACGCUGGCUCGGCUGCUUCCAGACUCAGUAUUAGAAAGUCUUGAAAUUCAUCGAGCGAUCAAGUUCUGUUUUCCUGGGGUUUUUUCCUGUUUUUUCUUUCUUCCAUCGCUCGAUCGAACCAUCACAAUUCUACAAUUCGAUCGUAAGCCUCCCCCCCCCCCCCCCCCCCUCCCCGCUCUCCUGGUGGUGUCAUCGAUUUUUGAUGUUUUAACGAAAAAAUCUACUAAACGCGUCUGUGCCCCUAUUUUUAUGAGUAAUUUCAAUUUUGUAUAUCCACGCGCGAAAAAAAUGCAAGAGAAAUAAAAAAAAAUUGGAAAAUAAUCGACACGACAGAUCGCACGGUCUUGUAUAAUUUUAUAUAUGUAUCAUAAGAAGUUUUAGAUGUUUAGAAUUUUAUAAAAAUAUACCAGAGAUCUAAGGACGCUUAACGAUUGUCAUACAGAAUCUGCGACUUGGAUCUUGAGCAAAUGAAAAUUUAUGGUGAUUCAGUACACUGAGAAUACGAAGGAACAGAUAAACUUUCAUUGGAACCAAAAUAUGGCUUUUUUGCCAAUCAAUAUCAGAGUAUGGGACCGCAGCAAGAUUUUAUAAACAUGCGUGUAUGUAUUAUAAACAAUAUACAUAUAUAUGCUUAAUUGUAGUAAACAUCUUUUACGAAUGAUCGGCAAGAUCUGUUGUCUGUCUGUCGUUGUUGAUAACUAUUCUUCCUGAUUCUGUAACUCUGUUAAACUAUUAACGAGAAUGUAAUUUAUUUAUUGUAAAUAAAAGACAAAAAAUAUAUUGGCUAAAACCUUA